AUGCCUCUGGGGCGGCUACAACCACUCAGCUGCGCCACCUGUCGCCGCAGAAAAGUACGGUGCAAUAAAAUAGACCCAUGCUCGAAUUGCGUCAAGGCCGGAAUCCCUUGUGUCUUUCCAGAACCAGUUCGGAAUCAUCGACAAUGCGCGUCCAGAGAAGAUGUCAUGGCUCGUUUGAGACAGUUGGAAGAUACAGUCGAGUAUCUCAGACAUCCCGUAACUUCUGGAGCAAAUGGAGAAACUUGUGCUAGAGAAGAGACUGGCACUGAGAAGUGUCCAUAUUUAUAUACUGAUCCUAAAACGGCUUUGCGCGGGCAUGAUGGUAAAGAGGAGUUUGGUCGGCUAGUGGUUGAGGAUGGAUGCUGUCGGUAUGUGAGUAAUCGACUAUGGGCGAGUUUGAGUGAUCAGAUUGCCGAAUUGCACGAUAUUCUGGAACCAUCCUCUCCCGGUGUUGAUGAUGAACUUGAUCCGGAUAUGAUUCAUCCAAGUAAUAAAAACCACGACGCGUUCAUCUUUGGCUACAACUCUGUAGCCCAAUCUCUCGUCAACUAUCAUCCAAGUGCGAUGCAGCUGUCUGUGUUGUUGAAUGCAUACAAGCAGAAUGUAGCACCGCUUCUUAUGAUUCUUCACCCUCAGACCAUUCAGAAAGUCAUUUACAGAUCUCACAGAGUGCAAGACGAGAUCUCCGAGUGUCUCCUAUUUGCCCUCUGUUUCUCAGCGGCUGUUAGCAUGAGCCCCGAGGAAUGUGAAUUACUCCUACUGGAGAAAAAGGAAGUGGUUGUUGAUCAUUUUAGGUUUGCCACGGAGCAGGCAUGUCCAAGAGCCCGCAUAAUGAGCUCCAAGAGCUUGACAUUGCUCCAGGCCAUCGUACUUUAUUUGGCAUCCUUACGCAGCGUAGGGGAGACGGAGUUUGCGUGGACAAUGACCUCUACUGCCGUCCGUUUGGCUUUCGGCCUGGGCCUUCAUCGAGAUGGAUCAAAUUUUGGAUUGGAACCAUUUGAGGCGGAGAUGCGUCGUCGUCUGUGGUGGUAUAUCUGUGUUUUAGAUGUCCAGACAGCAGAGGAUCUGGGGACUGAUCCAAUGCUGCAUGACAUCUUUUUCGACACUAAGCUUCCCUUAAAUAUAAAUGAUGAGGACAUAUACGAAGGUAUGAAGCAUCUACCACAGGAACGUAUUGGCUGCCCAGAUAUGACCUACUUCCUUCUUCAAUGUGAAAUCGCUCUGGCCACCCGUCGCUUGACCUACAACCCACCCGGGAAUAUAUGCCCUGGCCUGAAAAACAUCGAAGACCGCCAGUCUCUCGUCCAGGACCUCGAGAAACGCCUCAACGAACGAUAUGUCCGCCAUUGUGACCCAUCUAUCCCUCUACAGUGGGCCUGCACCAAGAUCGCACGUAUAGCCGUCGCCAAACUAUGGCUGGUUAUUUACCAGCCCUUGAAGAAACAAGAAAGCAUCGCCUCUUUACCCCCAGACACACAGAGCAUGCUACUUUCCAACGCAGUCGAAGUAAUCGAGCUCUCGCACCUGCUGCAGACGAACGAUACCAUGGCGAGAUGGAAAUGGGAGUUUCAGACCUGUGUUCCCUGGUAUGCAGUCGCCUAUCUUCUGGCUCAACUCUGUACUACCUCGAAUAGCCCGCCAUUGGAGCGAUCAUGGUCACGCGUAUCCGAUAUCUUUGACCAAUGGCAAAGACAAGCGGUGGAACAGAAUAAGCCAUUGUGGCAGCCGUUGCCCCGGCUAAUGGCGCAAGCAACAGCAUCACGAGAGAAACAGAGAAACGAAGAACGACAGGCACCCCCCGAUCCAAGCGGAUCUGCCUUUCAAGCGUCAGAGACUACGACACCCAGAAUUAUCGAAGAUCCCUUGGCUUCUAUCGAUUACUCGGCUAUUGAACAGAUUCUCAAACAUACCGAUCCGGCUUUACAUACAUUUCCAGAAUUCUCGGAAAUAGAUGGACUCGAUGUGCCGCAAAUUGAUAACCUGGACAUUGCAUCGUCAGGAAGUGACAUGUUCAGCUAUUCUAUUCCAUCAACGUCUACUUUUCUGGAUCAGAAUAGCCUUAGAUCGAUAGAUACGCCACCACGUUCUAGUCAAGAUUACCCGGUGUGUAGGCUUGACUAA